AUGAAAGAUGAUCUGGCCUUGAAAACUUCAGAGAUACACUCCUUAGAAUCCAAGUUAUCGUCAGAACCAAUCAAGAUCGGCGUACCAGAAAUUUUGGAAAAUAUAUUUAGCCAUCUUUCUAAAGAUGAGGAUCUAUUUAAGAUUAUUACAGUCAAUCAUGUCUGGCGCUCUGAAGGGUUUCGAGCUAUCUGUAAUUUAUAUACAUUUCGACUUAAUAAUUGGGUUUCUCAUUUUAAUAAUACUCUAUCAGUAUGGUAUAAAGGAAAGAUUUUAAAAUCUUGUCUUAAUGAUGUUAUUUCCUGUGUUUAUAAAGAUUUUGUUUCAUUAUCAAUGACAUAUAAUAAAUACUUUGCUCGAGAUAGAAACAUGAUAUUUUUCUUUUCACGAGAAAUGUUAGGGGAUCUUAUAAAUGAGUAUAUAUACUUUCAAGGAGAUAUUGAAAAUGCAAUGAUAGAUACAUCUAAUUACAAUUAUUGUUAUGAUAUACAUGUAUAUGAUAAUGAAGAAGAGGUCUCAUAUAGUGAUAAUGGAGAAGAGAUCUCAUACAGUAAUAAUGCCAUCACUUUUGAUAAUUAA